AUGAAAGCCGACCUGAAGAAGUACGAGGAUAUGCUGAGAAAAGUAAAUGCAGAGGAAAAAACACUAAGAUACAAAAAAAGAGUCUUGGUGUUUAGUGGUGGGGAUGCGGUUGCUCUGCUCAAGAAGAACGGAACUGAUGCCGAGCAAGCAAAGUGCAUUAUGCAGGAGCUUCUUGACGAGAGCAUUCUGUUCAAGGUUGCUCUGAACAGGAAAAACACAAGGGAUUGCGAUGUGGUGCUUGACCAGAAGUUCAACGAGGAGCAUGCAUAUGUAUUUGCCGAUGAAAAGACAUCCAACACGUCAUUUCUGAUAUGUGGAGCAUUCGUAUUGAUUAUACUCUCGAUUGUGCUGUUCCGAAUGUGGCCAAGGCACAUCCAGCAGCGCACAUUUUCGCUCAUAAUGUAUCCGCUUGGAGGUUUUGUUGCAUUCAUACUUGUGACUGCAGUAAUACGCUUUGUUUUGUUUGUUGCAACAUACUUUCUGCAUCCUCCAGGAAUAUGGCUGUUCCCAAGGCUGUUUGAGGACGUGGGCUUUUUUGAAAGCUUUGUUCCCGUAUGGGAGUAUCACGGGAAAAGGACAAAAUGCAAAGCCGAAUAA